GAAGGAAGAGUGGGGAGUCGGCGUUCGGCGGAUCGCCGUUCAAUCGUCGUUCGAUCGUCGCGCGAGGUGGUUGCGUGCUGGAAAGCUCGCACGGCUGUAAGGCGCGUGCCUCGGUUAAUACGAGAUAUAUACAGUGUACAACUCGCCCUCGUCGUGAACACGUUUAUUCUUUUUCGUCCUGUUACGAAGGAAAAUUAUCUACGGAAUAACUAGGAGGAAAACUAUCUACAACCGCUUCCGUUCUUUGGAAACCUUAUAUCAAUAGAAGACAGAAGGAGAGCAGGUGGUGGUGUAUAUAAGGCAAAAGAAGAAGAAAAGAGAUGUCUUCUCCUCGUUCGAGAUCCGUUCUUCGCGACAGUGACGUGAUGUCUUCUCGUUCCUUGUUACGCUGACGCCGCGUAGAAAGGUCUUCGUGAGAAAACGUGGUGACGGAGCGCGUUAUUUUUCCUCGAUCUUGUUUUAUAUCGUUCUUUUGUGCAUUCGGAUAUUAAUUUCUAGUUAAGGUCAACGCGCGUCCAAUAAACGAGUAUACGUCUGUACAUAUAUACGUAUACAUAUACAUAUACAAAUAUUUAUACGUAUUAACGUAUAGCCGGCUGUGAUCGGUUUAUUUAGAAAAGUGCGUUGUUUCCGGUUCGGCUACGACACAACCAACACGAUACUCGCUUCGUUUCUCGUGCCACGAGGUCGACGGAUUUAUUUUGUCCCUUUUGUAACUUACUUUCUGUGCCACGGAAGAGACAUACCAAUAUACAUACACACAUAUACGAAUCAUACACAUAUACGCACGCACGCACGCACGAUAAACUACACGACCCACACGCAUAUAUUGUCGUCGUGCGGUAAAUACACACACAGCGAAACGCGCGCGCGCGCGCGCGCGUAUCUAGACGACGUAGCAACGUACACACGAGGAAAGAUUCUUAGGAGUCGCGCGGCGCCAUGACCGCGGACGGCCUGUUCGAACCUACCAGCAUCCCGGGGCACCUCGCUCCCACGCCCGAGAGACUGGAGAGGCUUCUCUCGAAGCAGACCCUCGAGGAGCUCUACGAAGUCGAGGAACAGCCUUUCGCACGGGGCAAAUACGCAACGGUGAGAAGAUGCCGAGAGAGAUCGAGUGGAAGGCAGUGGGCCGCAAAGUUUCUAAGGAAGAGACGACGAGCUCAGGAAUUGAGGGCGGAGGCACUUCACGAGGUCGCGGUGCUGGAUGCCGCUGCUCACUGUUCUCGCCUCGUUUCCCUCCACCAGGUCUUCGAGACCAAUACCGAGAUGGUUCUCGUCUUGGAACUGGCACCUGGUGGCGAAUUGCAAAUGAUAUUGGAUAGAGACGAAGUCCCAGAAGAACGGCAGGUUGCGAGAUUGUUGAAGCAGAUUUUAGACGGUAUUGCCUUCCUGCAUUCUCUCAACGUAGCACACUUGGACAUAAAGCCACAAAAUCUGGUACUAACCGGCGAUUUUCCCGACUGUGACGUAAAACUCUGCGAUUUUGGUAUAUCGCGAUACAUCAGCCACGGUGCGGAUAUACGUGAGAUUUUGGGCACGCCCGAUUAUGUUGCCCCAGAAGUCCUGAAUUACGAGCCGAUCAGUCUGGCAACCGACAUGUGGUCGGUUGGAGUUCUACUCUACGUUCUGUUAACGGGAUGCUCCCCUUUUGGCGGCGAUACCAAGCAGGAAACCUUUUGUAACAUCAGUAGAUGUCGCUUAGAUUUUCCGGACGAUCUCUUCGAGGACGUAUCAGAGGAGGCGCGAGAUCUCAUGCGCAAACUCAUGGUCAAGGAUCCAAGCGAACGACUGACAGUAACGGAGUGUCUUAAGCAUGCAUGGUUCGCCAUGUUCGAUGAUCCAAUGCCACCAUUAUCCUCUUCAUUGCCCCCGAUGGAAGAUUCCAGUUUAAAAUCGAAGACGAUCUCGCAGCCAGAAGAAGAAGAGAAAAAACAACAACAUAACAAUAAAUCAUCGACGGAAGAAACGAAGACGACGAUCCCACCUUCAGCUCCAAAAUGCUGCGAAACCGAGAGCGCACAUAUGCGAACAUCGAACCUUGCCAAUCAAAAUGAAGUAAAAACGAUGACCACCCGAGCUGUCUCUUCACACACAGAAAAUAUUUAUUCAACUUCUAAAUCUAGCCCUAAGCCUAUGAGGUUCGGUUUGAGUCCUGACCGUAGGGACACUUUUAAACGUAAUAUGGAAUCGCUGGCUCAAAAAUUUUCGAGCACGGAGAUCGUCAUUAUUGAAUCAUCUUGCGCGAACAGUAAAAACAUAACGACAUCCUCGACGACGAUAACGACGAGUUCAACAAUUAUGUCCGGAAACGUAAGCACGCAGAGAAGAGCGACGGCUACUCACACGAUGCCAGCCGGUGAAGUAUUCAAAUGUACGCCGGUAUUCAUUCUUGGCGAGGAACAACAAUGUAGCGACGGUGGUAGCGACACCGUAUCGGAAAUUUCGACGGACAGUUCGAGCGAUCGGAGUAGCAUUUAUUCCGACGACUCGUUGGAUUUUAUUCUCUAUGGGAAAACUCAGGGAGGUGGUAGGGCGAGUUUUCCCUUCGCAGUUGGUGCCGACCCUACGUCCGACAGAUGGGAACAGAAACACCACCAUCACCACAAUCCACGAGCCUGGCCUAGGGAAUGCAAUGGCGUUGUUAGCAAAGCACUCAGUCGUUUUACAUCCGAGACGUCAAACAAGUCCUCAAAGUUGUCCACGACGGUACCACCGGUAGUUCGUGGUAAGACCAGCUUGGAAGCUCUCAGGGAGAGGGGUGGCAAUCUGGUCGUCAUAAGGGAACCCGUCAGAGCGGGUAGAUAUACGAGGUACAGCGAGGUUCAGUGCGAAUCAGUGCAGGCACGGAUUCGACGUUUCCAAGUACAUGGAGCGUCCUAAGAAAAAUCUUCCUCGGUAUCUUUAAAGGGAACACUUGGAAGGCGUCUAUACUUGAUGGUCAUCGCCGUUACAUUUUCGGAUAAUGAUCCGUGAUAGAGACUGAUGCUUUCUUUGUACAUAGAUGACGUUAAUCGUGUACAGUUAGGGUCGACCAUGCCUCUUUGCAAAAGAGUUAGAUAGAUAGAUAGAGAGAGAGAGAGGAGAGAGAGAGAGAGAGAGAGAGAGAAAGAAAGAGAAUGUUAUGUGAUAGCGAGAUGAAAAAGAGGGCAAAAGAGAGAAGAGGUAUGAUGGAAAAACAUGUAUUAAUGCGAACAAAUGGCUGUUGUAUAUAUAUAAGUGAGAUGUAUUAGGUGCGUAUGAUGACAUGCAUGUCGUUUUGUUCUCUCAUAUUUUUUUCUUUUUUCUCCUUUUUUUUUCCUUUUUUUCCCUUUUUUCUCUUUUUUUUCUUCUUCCUCUUCAAGUAUUAUUACCAGGAGGUGAUCUACACAUUUUCGGUGGUACAUCAUGUAUACGUAGAUACACACAAUGCGUAUGGUCGAGAUAAAAGAACGUUGUACGGCAGAGAUAACGAGGCUUUUACGGCAUGAUGUAAAUAAUAGGAAGGAGAAAAGAUAAGAGGAUGUAAAGUUAGAUAUAAAGAAAGGGAGUAUGUAUAGGGAUACGCAGACAACUCGUUAUCUGCCGUUUUGAAAAGAGAAGGGACAAACUUUCGUGGCAAUUCGAGAGCGCUUUGCGAGCAUCGAUUUAAUAGUACGAAAACAGUGCUGUCCUUCGAAUUUUCAUUCGUUAACGAUCAGCUCGUAAUGACAACAAGCAUAUUGAAUAUGUCGCCGAUGUGGUUGUGUUGUGUAAUAUAUAUAUAUAUAUAAGAAAAAAGUGUUCAGCGUCUUGUUCGACAAAUCUUACGUACGUCGUCGUAGCUCUAUUUCAGUAACUUUGGUGCCUUCGUAAUAAGCGUUUAUAAGAGAAGACAAACUCGCAUAUAUAUGAUUUAUGUACAUACAUACAUACAUUCAUUCGCAUGUAUAUAUAUAUAUAUAUAUAUAUAUAUAUAUAUAUGUAUAUAUAAAUACACAAACGAUUGUAGUACCUAUUCCUUCGCGUAAGUUUGCCCCAUAUGGCCCAAAUACGAAUAUACGAAUAUAACAAGAGUCACGAGCGAGAAAAAAUUUUACUCGUUCGGACAGUGCCUUAAUCGCGCGCAAGAAAAAAAAAACCUUUUUUACAGGGUAGCUCGUCGAUCGUGCGAAAUUGAGACAAACUUUUAAACGUCUCUAAUUAUUGUCUUUCCUUGACGUCGAAAGAAAGGAAGAGGAAUUCUUAAACAAUAAUUAAAAAUAGAAAAGAAAAGAAAAAAGAAAGAAAGAAAAAGAAAGAGAAAAAAAUAAAGAAAAAAGAAAGAUAAUUUUUGAAUCGAAAAUUUCAAAGAAAUAAAUCAAUUAUUAUUCGUUGUUAAUAUUUUGAGAAAGUUAAUUAGGAUGUUUGAAAUAUAUAUGUAAUUUUUUUCUCUCUCAAUGCCAUCUCCUCUUUCGAUAUUGCUAAUAAUAAAACUGCCUAAUCGACGAUCGAAGAUUAUAGAUAUAAAGGUUCGAUCGUUGAUCAUGUGCAUCUGGAUAAAAUGUGGAUAUAAAAAAUAUAUAUUAAGUAAAUUACUUUCGCUGAGAGAAUAUUCGACGGAUUUCAACAGCAAAUUUCAAAAUUAAACGAUGAGGAGUACUACAGAAACGACUAGUUCGUAUUCGCGUCUCACGUUCAGCGUACGAAUUAUAUACAAGAUAUGCCCGAGAUGGUGGGUGGUUUUCUUUUUUCUUUUUUUUCCCCUUUUUUUUCUUCUUUUUUUAAAUGAAACAUCGAUCUUAUAUCUAUCCACGUUUAGCGACUAAACUUGAGAUACGAAUGCGGAUCGAAAUCUCUUGCGUUGGAGAGGAUGUAUCGUUGGUAUUGUAAUAUUUUCUAAGACGUAUAUAUAUUAUGUAAAUUUCUUGUGGUAAGAUCGCGAAGGAUCGUGAAGAAAGCGGAGUGACCAAUGGGGGAAUACAAAAAAAAGAAAGGAGGAAUUAAAAAAUAUUAAUUAAAAAUAAAAAAGAAAAAAAGUAAGUCGCUCAUGGAGACCAAAUCUUCCGCGAUUUUGAGGAAGAAGUCCCUCGUUACUCCGUUAAAUACUAGUCAUAUAUUAAAAGAAGAAAAAAAAGAAAAAAUACCAAUAACAAAAAAAAAGAAAGGAAAGAAAAGAUUGUCAUUCGUUUUCUUUCGAUCCUCGUAUCUCGCUCUGUUAUCGUUCUCCGGGCACACGGUCGUUGACGAGGAGCCAACGAACGGUCGGUGUCCUCUCCGAUUUUCUUUCUGGAGGUUCACAAUUGGAGAACGCGAAUAGUGCCUGAUGUGUCUCUGAAAAGAAAACGAACGAACGAACGAACGAACGAUCGUAUUAGUCGAAAUGACAAGGCUUCUUCGUAGUGAACGUUUUUUCAUCAUCGAUGAUCGACGUAAGACCUUGUCACUUCUCCGUGUCGAUAUAUAUAUAUAUAUAUUGUGUGUCUAAUUUGAUAAUUUCAUUUUGUCGAAAUACAUGUUCGAUUAAUUCAGAUAAUUUGAAAAAAAAAAUUUUUAUAUAAAUUGUUGCGAAGAAAUCGCAAUAUCCUUUUUCUCUAUUAAUCCAACGACUAGAUCGAAAAAUAUCCUUAUUACCAUCGUUCUGUCUCAUAUGAGGACAAGACUUUAAAACGCCCAACGUCAGGAGAGAGAGAGAGAGAGAGAGAGAGAGAGAGAGAGAGAGAGAGAAAGAGAGAGAAUAGUGUUCAAGUGCAAAAAAAAUAUCUAAUAUUUGAACGGAUAUAUUAUAAUAUUAAAGCAAAACAAAUAGAAAGAAACAAAAAAGAAAAAAAAAGAACGAAAUAUAACGCACAACAUGAAAUAGAUACAUCAUAAAUUGUCGUUGCACGCACACGGUCGUUACGAGAGAAGUGACGCUUUUUACGCGUAAAAUAUAGUUUAUCCUUUUCCGAACGCGAAUGAUUGUGUAGUCCCAUUUCUUGUAUGUUUAUUUGAGUGUAUGAAAGAUUAAUGCGUAUGUUUGUUUGCCUUCUUUUUCUCUUUAUGAUCUGGUAAAGAAAAAGGAUAAACUUCUGUAAUAUAAUUUUACUAUUACGGAAAUAGGGGUAGGGCUUGCGUUCGAACAAGUCGAAUUCCUUCUUUCUCGAGGCUAAUUUUCGUCGUUAUUUAUUUUUUUCUUAUAUGAUAAGGAAAACAGGUGUCGUAUUUAAUUACCAUUCGAAUGUUCUCUUUUUUUUUUUAGUAUUAAUUUUGUACCAUUACGUAUCGUUUGUAGAAAAGCCUCGCGAAAGACGAGUUUGCA